AUGGCGCAGCAUCAAGACCUAAAAAGAAAGGGAGGUGCUGAUCCUGGUCAUCAGAUGUCAAGAAAUCAUGCCCCUCCUCCUCUAAGUAUUGAAGUGCCUAAAAUGAGUGAUCUUCCAAACAAGUCAAACCCUUGGAGUGAUGACCAGCUUCCUGUUGACAUUCUUUUGUUGACAGUCGAAGACUGUGAGUUCUUAGCUUGUUAUACUUUCUUGGAAAAUUCUUUUAAAAGUUAUGACCCAACCCUGGGAUAUGUGUACUUUGGGACCAUGGGUGAAAGUGGAGAAGAGGCACUGAAAGUUGCUUUGAUGAGAUGUUAUAAAGGUUCUUCUGGUCCAGGUGGCUCUCAAAAUGUUAUUAAAAAUGCAGUGAUGAAACUGAGACCCAAGGCUGCUUUUUCUGUUGGUGGAUGCAUGGGUUUAAAAUCAAAAGACACUAAGCUAGGAGAUGUAGUGGUAUCCUCUAAACUGUCAACUAAAGAAUUCACAACUCCAGUAAGAAGAAAUAUUGGCAACCUUAACUUGUUUGUAACUGAAGGCUGGAAGCCACCAUUAAAAGAUCCAGUCGGGGAAGAAACAGUACAGGUACACCGUGACAGUGAAAUAUUCAGUGGUAGUCAAUUCAUCACCAAACAACGCCGUAUGUCUCAGUCGCAUGUGAUUGCAGUUGAAAGAGAAGGGGAAGGUAAGAUUAUAUGCAUAUUACUAUUAAUUAUAACAAUUUGAUGUAACAUUUGAUUUGAGAUCUAAAACUCUAAAUUGUCCCUCAGAAGCAGCUUGUGAUCAUGCAAUGGCAAUACUGUACGGUACCUAAAUUGCCAAUCAUGUUUGACUAUGGGACCACAAUGGUGACAACAGGGUUAACGUUUUGAAGUAGACGGCUGAGUUAUCAAAGUAAGCGGCCAGCCUAGGGAUAUUUUAUUUAAAAUUGCCAUCCUUAAAGAAAUGCGAAGCAGAGUAGCCGGCUGAUACUAACCAAGUAGGCGGUGAUUUUUGCUGGCAGCCGGCUACUUUUGACAACCCUGUGACAGUGUGAUUAGGUUAUUGUGGGGUGUAGUUUAUUAUAUUAUUAUUGUGCCAGGAACGUAAAUUAUUAUUGAGCUUAAUUAAAAGAUUAUAAAUUUCAGUCACUACUCUGUAGCAAAAAAUUCUGAGCUAAUUAGCUGUGCUAGAUUCUUGUUCACAGUGGAUUGAAUAAGGAUCAUCAUGACUGAUCUGUUUUUUCUUUCCACUAAUACAGGACUGUUUGCAGCAGCCCAUGAUAUGAACAUUGAAUGGGUGAUUGUUAAAGGGAUAUCACAUUUUUCUGAUGAUAGCAACACUUCUGAUGAGUCCUGGAAGUCAUUUGCUUCUGUCAUGGCAGCUUCUCUUGUGUCCAACAUGUUAAAUGAUCCUGUUGUUUUUAAAGAAUGGCCUCACUAUGAAGGUAUGUCACAUUCCCUGUUCUAGUGAUUGAUUAUUAAUAGUGAUGAAUUUUCUGUUCAGAUAUUUUUGUGUAAACUGUCUCAAUAUUAUAUAACCUGGGUUCAAAUUUUUCUCUCUGUUUCAAACUCAAAUCAUACAUUAAUAUUAUAAAAAUACCAAAUAACAAAGGCCAAAAGAACAAUUUGUUUUUAGGGGCUUUUCAAAUUUAUAAUACUUUUCUUCUACACAGACUUGACAGCAAAGAAUCAGCCAGAGACAACCACAAAGCCAGACAAACAGAUACCAGGUACUAUCCUGUUAAUGAAUUAUUACACUUAAUAUCCAGGAGCAUUUUCAGAUUAGGGCGUGUUUAAAACACGAAAUGGCAAAAUGACUUUCCUAAACAGUAAAAACAAAUAACUCCCUGUUUUUUGUUGUUGUGUCCAGUUGUUAUUUUUUUCUUUGCCUUCUAUGAACUGGCAAAACUAUAUGCUCAGCAUGCAAAAUAAGCCUCACUAAUCUUGGUUUUGUCACUUUCUGUUUGUGACUUAUCGCAGUCACAUGAUCUUUCUUGUUCUAAGGGCCUCUGAUCUCCUCUUCCUAUGGCUUCUUGGUUUUCAAAGUGGUGUUAGUUUCUGCCCCCCAGGGGAAGGAGAGGGGGGUUACUUGAACAAUAUUUGGGUAUAAGUGAGCCUCUGAGGGUUUGAAACCUGACCCAGUUUAGGACAAAAGAAACCCUCACUUUUAUUACAUAUUGUUUAGGACAAAGAACAAAAUGCACGCCGUCUUGUUUUUAAGCCAUUUAUUGGCAAUUGCAAUUAAGCAAAUUCACAUUAGAGUUAUAUUGCUUUUGUAUACUUGGAGUGCAAACAAAUAUCAUCAAGCAAAUCAGAUCAACCGUGCACUGGUAUUAAUACCCUAUUCAUAAUAUUAAGGUCAGACUUACACAAAAUUAUUUACCCUGUUUAUUUGUACUUGUAAAACUGCUAGCAAGUUGUUUUGACUUUGGACUUUUUACUCCUUCAUCUUCACAUAUGUUUCUCCACGGAUGAGGUACCGUAAAAUUCCGAAAAUAUGCCCUGGGGUUUAUAUUUUUCAAAGGCCCUUUUUGAGGGGCUUAUUUUUGGAUGGUCAUAUAUUCGGAAGGGCUUAUCUACGGAGGGAAAUUUGUGUUUCAAAAUAGAUUGGGUUAGCCUUAUAGCUGGAAGGAUUAAUUUACCGUUUUCAGGGUGUAAAGAAAGGCAGUUUUACAACCUGCCAUUCGGGCAAGCUGUAGCUAGCAUGUACUAGCCCAGAAGUCAUUUCAACUAGCCCCAACCCUUUUUGAUUAGCAGGAUUGGUUACAAUCCUUCUGUAAUGCGAAUUUCCCCAAAAAACAGCACUAAUGCCCGUCGGGCAAGUUAAGAACAAAAGUCACUAGCCCAAUAGCAAAGUCCACUAGCCCCGGGCUAUCGGACACGACUUUCUUUGCACGCUGCUGUUUUGCUUUGUUUUACUUUGUAUUUGAGGGCAAUUUCCAAGUACAAGCCCCCAGGGGUCUUAUAUUUGGAGGGGCAAUUUAACGAAGGGUUUUUUUGCACCACAAGUUUGGGGGCGUUAUAUUUGGAGGGGCUUAUACAUGGAGGGGCUUAUUUUCGGAAUUUCACGGUAUUUUCGGCGCGUGUGAUGAGCUUGCGUGCGUAUCACACAAGCUCUGUGUGACAACAAUCUCGUCACCAGGGCCUUAAAUCAGAUUAUGGCUGCGUAAAAAUCGCUGUGCAAUUUUUGUGGAGUGCAUGUGACAACUCUACCUAAACUAGAAUAGUAGGGAGGAUUAGUAGUAAAGAAAAAAUUAUAUGUAUUAUUUCUAAAUAAUUUUAGUCAUUUUGCUAAUUCGUCAUUUUGUCAUUUUUUCAUUUCAUCAUUUUGGCAUUUUGUGUUUUAAACAUGCCCUUCCAGAUUGAAUGAUUGAUGAACACUGGUUUCAGUAGAAAUAACACUAAUCUUUCAAAUUCUAGAGCACAGUUUUCUCUUAUUAUUGUGAGAUAUGUCUUUGCCAAGAGAGCAGUCUAAUUUUUAUUUUUACCUGGUGUUUUAUAACCCCUUUUUCUAUCUGGAAAUUUUGCUGUAAAAUGUUGUUGGAAGCUCAUUUUUUAUCCAUUUUCUGAUCCCUAUCUGGCCAACAAGAUCAGCCAAAAUUUUCCAAAAUGCUGCAAGUCCAACACUAUACGCUACCUUUUGUUCCUUAUGCUAAAAUAAAAUUAAUAUAAGUGUUGUUUUGAAAAGUGACACAGCCCCCUGAACUUUUGCCUGUUGCUUUCUCUCCUCUCUAUAUACUUCUAUCACUUUCCAUGCCCCAUUUUUGUCUUAUCAUGGGGAUUUAACAAGGUUUCUUUUUGGUGAGACAUGUUCUUGGGAAAACAUUUAGCAUCAUGUCAAAUAUUUUGAAGGACGAGCAGAUGGGAAAUGAAACUUCUUGAAAACAUUCUUGUCUUUGUUUCAGCUGUGUUUGAAUUAUUUCAAUAAUUUAGGAACUGUCUAAGGAAAUCCACAAAAUUGAAAAAGAUGUUUUGGUAUUAUUUAGUCUCAAUCUAUCCACCCACCCACCCACCCACCUAUGCUACCUCAACAAAAUAAAAACCUAUGACCUGCUCACCAUAUGAGUCACCCAUAGCUCAGUGGUUAGAGCAACCUACCAGUAUCUGGAAGGUUGUGGGUUUGAUUCCUGUUAAGGUUUUGGAUUUUUUUUCCUGAGCAUUUCUUUGCUGUACCUAAUAUUUAUUUUUGGCAAUCAUUCAUCCACCUGCUGUUUUCUCUUAUUAAUUUUUGUAAAUUGACUGUCUGCCCCUCCUGGUAAGGGUUGCUAAUCAACUCAAUCAACUAUUAUAAAUUAUUGAAAAAAACUUCUUGGAAUUGACAAAACAUCUUUGUUAACAGAUGCUGUAUGCCUUGAGGAGUGCCAGAAACAGCUGCGAUCACUUUAUGAAACCAGUAGCAAAGUCAAAAUCAUUCCAUGGGACCAGAACUCUGCUGUUGAUAUUGAUGAGAUCUACACAGACUUGUCUUGGGUCAAGGAUCACAGGACACCCAGAGGAGUAACGCAAGCGAAACUUAACCACUACACUGAGAUUUUUGGCAGUAGAGGCCCUCGUCCUGUGCUAAAGCGAAUUUUGGUUUAUGGACAGCCAGGUAAUGGAGUUAACUGAGUAAGAAUUGGAAGAACACAGAAACCAUUAGUCUACUGGCAUAAUUAAUCCAGCGAUUUAUCAGCUGGUGAUGUUCAGUUUUCUUGAGUGUUUUGCUGACAUGUACAUUUCCAAGUGGGGUAAUUUUUUACGAUGCUGUCAAACCCAAUGGAAAGUUUGGUCUGUUGUUAUUAUGAACAAAUUAAAAGUUUAAACGAAGUUUUCCAGUUAACUGGUCUGUUAAUAAACAACAUAUUUAAUUGGCAUUAGAGCAAUCAGGCAUACAAUGUAGGCUCCAGUUAAUGUUGUAAUAAUGGUAAUAAUAUUUGGCUCAAUUUUAUCUGAAAUUCAAGUUCAUUAUAAUGUAUGGUAAAAGGAUAAAACUAAAAUAAAAAGUCUUCCAAGGAUAAAAUUGCACCGCAACCUUCACAAUAGCGGACUAAUGACUGGCUGAUUGGCCCAGUUGUUUGAAGGCCGAAUUGCGUGCACUAACCUGGGCCCAGUUGUUCAAAGGCCGAUUAGCGCUUAACCCGGGAUUCUUUUUCUGUGUUCAAAAGCAUUUUCUUGGAUAAUUUUCUCUGUUAUUUUUUAGCUUCCAAUCAUCAACUUGUAGACAAAAAGAAUUAAAACUGAAAUGCUUUUUAAGCUUUCAUAUCUGAAUUCAAAUCUCGCACUAACCCGGAUUUUCUUAACCCAGCUUUGCACAACUCGGUCCAGGGGUUAAAUUUUAAGCCAUAUGUAUAUGCAGAGUGAACAACAUAUUUAUAUGGGUGGCCCUUGCCUCUAAAGUUAUGCUGAAAAUAAGUUUCCCUGCCUCUAAGGGGGCAUUUUGAAAUUCUUAGCUUUAAAAGACUGGAGUUUACAUUCAUCGAUAAUGGUAUCUCAUUUACAUAUUCAAAAUUAUUCAUGAUAAAGACAAUGGAAAUGAAUCCUUCAUACACAGAGUAUUUAGGGCCGGGUUGUUCAAAGCCGGGUUAGGAUAACCCAGGGUUAAUGCGAAAUUUAAAUUCAGGUAUGAAAGCUUCAAAAGCAAAUUCAGUUUAAUUCUUUUUGUCUACAAUUUGAUGAUUAUAUACUCUAAAAAGAAUACAGAAAAUUAUCCAAGAAACUGCUUUUGAUAAUAAGAAAUAGAAACCUGAGAUAAAAAGUUUCAACAUAAUUCCGUAAAAAAAAAAAAUUAAAAUAAAAAAAUUCUCUUAAUUCACAUUAUAAAAGUAAAACAAAUCUGUUGAAGACGUAUUGACAGUUUGUUGUUAUUGUCACCUAGGUAUCGGCAAGACCGCUUUCACGAAGAAAGUAACUUUUGACUGGUCCCAGCAGAGAUAUUCAGAAACAUUAGGAGAAUUUGAUCUUGUCCUUCUGGUGAGAUUACGUGACGUUAGUAAUCUUCAAGAUGUUCCGUCCAUUCUGGGUGCUUCUGAAGUGCUGGAUAGUAAAGGUGCAAUUUCCGUAGACAAGCUGUAUGAUUACGUUUGUGGCCAUCAAGAAAAAGUCUUGCUUAUCUUGGACGGUUACGAUGAGUAUGUUUACGAUUCAAAAAAUGAGUCGCCUGUCUUCAAAAUCUGGAAAAAAAGUCAAUUAAGAGAAUGUUGUGUUGUAAUUACUUCAAGGGAAAUGAAAGCUGAGACGUUGAGAAAUUGUAGUGAUGCUCAAUUCAAAAUUGACGGCUUUAAUCAUCAUCGCCAAAAAGAGUUCGCUGGUAGAUUUUUGAAAGAUGAUCAAGAUGUUGGAGAGUUUUUUGAAUACUUGGAGGAGCACGACCUAAGCAAACUAGCACAAAUUCCCCUUUUGUUGUUAAUGUUGUGCUUGCUCUGGACAAAAACAAAACGCGAAGAACUACCAAAGGAACGCGCAGACAUCUUCGCCCAGUUUGUUAAGACUUUGUUUGAUCAUUUGCGUGAAAAACAGCCUGCUGAAUCAGUGGUUGUCAAAGAUUACUCAGAUGAAUUAUACGCAUUAGGACGCUUGGCCUAUGAAGCCCUUUUGCAAGGCCAGCUUUAUUUCCCUGUUAGUCAGUUACCUGCUGGCUACAGUUUGUUCGAGAGGCUGAUUGAAGUCGGCCUUUUUCAGGUUUUAAAUAUGGCGAGUUUGAAUCCUGAAAAAGGCGUGUACUUUAUUCACAAAUCCGUUCAAGAAUACCUGGCUGGGAAUUUCCUGAAAGAAGAGCUGACAUCUAAAAAGGCUGAAGGCACCAAUUCCCUGUCAAAAGUGGACUCAGUUGAAAAGAUCUUUAAAAUAAAUGAAGCGCUCAAAUUUGCUGUUGAGUUGUCAGAAGAAGCCGCGCGCGACAUUCUGAUUCAACUUGGAAUGGCGGCGAAGAAAGAAGAACUGACAGAGUUUCGCUUCGACAACGAAACACCGUCACACUGGGACUUGUCAAAAGAACAAAGAAAUUUUAUUAAUCUUUGUAAUCAGUUAUUUUUCAACCGCUCGGCUAAGACAAGAAAAAACCUCUUUCCUACAUUUCUUUCCUCUUUAGGAGGAGUUCUUGUAAUUGGUAAAAAGGAGCUAAAUGUUAUCGUACAGGAAAAAUUAGCUCAAACUACCGAAACACCCAACUACGUUUUUUUUGAUGAAUACAAUUAUACAGAGCAGGACUAUAGUAAUUUUAUAAUUUUAUUACAACAAUUAAACGCAGUUAUUGUUAGCUCUGCAGGAGAAAAGGAAGCAUCAGAAUUUUUAAGCAACUCAACAUGGCGUCAGAUUGAUGAAUUUUUUUUAAAGAAAGAAGAAAACAACACUCACCUUUAUUUAGGUACAAUUUAUACAAUUUAUGAAAAUGAAUUUGAAGACGACAUUCCUUUUCCUUGUGAUAUAAUAAAGGCGCUAAUAAGUAAACAAGAGACAACAAAGAAGACAAACAUGAAUGGUGAUGAGUCAAGUGAAGAGAGCAGCAGCAGCUGUUGUUCAAAGCGUCAUGGUCUCUCCAGGGUUCGGAGGAUUAAAGCUUGGCCUGUGAACAGGUCAGAAGUGGAACUGAUGAGUGAGAUGAUGCCGUUUAUCACCGCUCCACACGGGAUAGUGAUGUGGGGUGAACUCGGUGAAGUGUGCGAUGCUGAGGUAACAGAGUCUCUACUGAGGAGCAUCCAAGUAACACACAAACUAAAGGACUUAGCACUCUGUCAUAUCAAUGUAACAUCGUCACCUGGUGUGGAGUUUAUCAACAGUUUAUUUAAAAAAGCACCAAACUUGGAGAGGCUCAACAUGUCAUGGAAUCCUCUUCCAGGUGCAGGAGUAGACAGCUUGAUUAAACAUCUCAGCUGCGCUCCUCACCUGAAGACACUGCAGCUUCACGGUGUGAAGAUGACUCCACAGCAGGUGAUGGAUCUGUCAUCAGCCAGCAAGCAGCGCGGCAACAACACUGAACUGCUGUCAGAAUACCACGUAAGUUUUCCAAUUUGAUCGCAAUUUGUUUCUUUAUUCUUUGUUUACAGUUUAUUUCUACUCAGCUCUUGCCUUUCGCCAUUUUCCUUUCUUUGUCAUUUUUAUACUCGACAAAACACGAGAUUUACUUUUGAAAACAAAUCACAAACUUUAGCAGAUUCAAAGUAUCAUUUCAAAUUCAUUCCUUUCAAUUGAUUAAACUAAAUCCAAAAAAAUGUUUUAACCGAGAACAAGUAAAUUAAUCUGAACCAGGCGAUCUGGUGACGUCAUUGCGGAGGGCUGGGGAGAAAAUUUUAAUGCCGUAUCCCAUGAAACAGCGCGCGCGCAUUCGCAAGUUUUGUUUUUGUCCACCAUGUCGGUCAAAUGUGGUGCGAGUAGCGUUCAUCGAUGAAUUUUGGGUUCUUUCCAACCUUAUACCGCGUUUCGAACUCAAAUUGGUACCAGAAAUAUAGGAAGUAUUUAUAUGAACGGAUGAAAAGUCUCGUGGGGCAGCAGGUUGGUUUUAAACUCAAAAGAAAGCGAUGUGUGAAAAGUGCAAUUUCGAAUCAUGGAUUCCAACUUGUAAGCAUGAAGAUAAUUUCUCACCUUGUUUUAUACUGUUAUUUUCUAUUAACGGUAUAUAUUGUAUGUAUAGCUAGUAUUAAAGAUAUCGUGUUUAUCGUUGUUUUUUGUGUGUCGCUAUUUAGUCAGAUUUUUUUUAUAUUUUGAUUGUAUUAGCGAGCACGAGGAAAGUUGAGUUCGAUCAAACGCUCGCUCAACUCAUCCACUUUGUCCCGGGUGGCACAUUUUUGGCGGGCUUUUUCAAAGCAAUGUUACAAACUAUGCCAUUUAAAAACCCUUUUGAUGUUUGGUCGCUAAUUUGCAAAUACAGUACAGCCCGAGCAUGGCUUUUGUACUGCAGGAAAAAGAAAACGUCGUUCAACUUGAGACUUUCAUCCGCUUGCAUUGUCCAUCUCCGAACUGCGAAAAAUUUUAUAAAACCAAAAAAAGUUUAAACGAGCACUUUCGGCUGUAUCCGACACAUAAACCGGAGUCUCUAAAAAAUUCACACAAGCGAAUUUCAACAAAGGAGAUAAGCGAGACGUUUUUAAGCGAAGAACAGCCUUAUUCGAGGAGACAAAGAGUUCGUGAGCUGAUGUCACAUUUGACUGAUGAAGAAAUUUCAGAAUUCGCUCUUCCCAGAGUCACCAAAGUUGUGCCGCCUGUUGACUUUUUUUUACAAGGAAGCUCCUCGUCUGGGGAUGUAUUUCAGAAGUUGGUGACUUUUAGAGAGCAAAUUUGUCUCCGUUUUCCGGAACUUGUAACUUUCUUUUACUCGAAAACAUCCUUACCUUUUACCUUGCAAAGCCCGAAGCAGAAAUUUAUUGACUUUGUUCUCGACAACAAAAGUAAUUGUUGUGAAUGGUUGUUGGAGCAAGACAAUGGAUCCCUUUUGCGAGGAUUCCUCAUGCCAUUGGUUUUUAAAACCUAUUAUCCUGCCUUCAAAGAUUUUUCUUGUGGUAUUGUUGGCGAAUUUGGCAUUAGCCAAAAAGACACCCAGGACGUCUUGAGAAACAAGUUGGGGAAAAAGCUGGAAAAAGUCCUGGGAAUCAACCCUAUUCUCAGCAAGGAUGAAAUUUUCGGUAAACUCAAUGAUACACGUCAAGAAUUACUUGAAAAGGUUGGGCUAAAAUUUAACGAAUUUGGCGAGGUAGUUGUGGGUUAUGUUGAUGUUGAAAAAUACAUAACACUUUUUCUUAGUCAAGCAGGCGUGCAAAGUGCUAUAACAGCACCAAAUGACACUAUUAUUAUUAUGGAUUACACUGAUGGUUUUCCCUGGCUGAAAUGGUCUCGCCAUUUUACUGGAGAGACCAGUGUCCGAGUGAAGAUUAUUGAGCCUUAUAAUUUACUGAGCACAGUGUUGACGGUUGCUUUGUGGUUGGGAGGUGAUGAUUAUGACACAGUGAAAAAAUGUGCAGGGGCAGUUUUUGAUCAGCUGAAAGAACUGAAAACAAUUAAACAUCCAUUAAGUGGGAAGGAAAUUAAAAUUGUCCGCAGGAGCUGUGGUGAUGGUAAGGAAAGGAGGUCUUCAACGGGUAAUUCUUCUGCAAAAUCCUCCUACCCAAUCCCUGAAGCCCCAGAACACCAAAGUCAGUUGGGAGAUAUGAAACUAGUAUGUACAUGUCCAGUUUGGACCGUUGAAGACACAGAAGCUCUAGAGACUAAAUUCCAAAGCGAACUUAAAGGAAAAGCCCCUAGCAAAGAAAAACACAGGGAGUUCGCUAAGCAAAAUCUUGGAAAUACUGGCCGUAGUAAUAUUUCUGGAACACCACUCUCUGAGUACUACCCUGGAACUUCCCAUCUUGGUUUUCGAUCUGCAGAAACAUUAUGUUUGCGAAUUGCCAAGAUUGCAUCAGGUUUGUAUCCAUAGCGACACAGGCAAACGCUAGAGCUACAUCUUAACAGUCACCUUAAACUGAUAUAUGCUUAUAUAUGUAAAUUUUUUAUUUUCUUUUUAAUCUCUCUUGAGCUGUCCGAUUCAAAAGUACUAUAAUUUUUGCAGUGUAACAUCCUCUGCCUGAAUUUAUUUAACAAAAAAAGGUAAUAAUAAUUAUUACUGUUGUACCCUUUGAAGCAAAGAAAUACAAAAUUAUAGGCACAUAAGGGCACCCUUCUUAACCUGCCAAAAUGUUUUAAGUGAUCAGCAAGUGAGUCAAAAAAGAUCACAACAUCAGAGGAAACUGCCAACCACACAUCAUCUUGCAUAUUUUUAGCAUGUGAGGAAAAGGGAAGACAUAAUUAGGGGGUAUUUUUAUUACAUGCCCAGGUAGAGAAACAAGGGAGUAUUACUGUUGGAAAAUAUUUUUUCAACAAAAGAAGAGAAAUUUCUUAUCCCCUAGCAGCCAUAUAAUGUUUUGUGUAUUAUUUGAACAGCUAUGAAAUACCAAAACCUUUCACUUUCCUUUUUUUUUCUGCAAAAGGUGUAAUUUUAUUCUGUACCCAUAGCAACAAUGAUCUUUAGGUGUGUUUGUGCAAAAACCUUGCCUGAUAUUUUACUGGUGAAUAAAUUCUAUACCCCAGCUCAUUAAUUAAUAUUAACAGGUCCAGUUGUGGGACAACAAAUAGCAAAAAAUAAUAUUCUGGCAUGUAGAUGCUAGUUACUUUGGCCAAAACUAAAUUGACUCUUUCUUUACUUUUUGAAGCCUUUCUCAUCAUAAAUCCACAUUUAUUUUGUUAUAGCUGUUCUUGGUAGUGAUCAGCAAUUUUUGUUAGCACUCAAAAAAGGAUUGGCCAAGUCUGUAAACGUUGAUGACAAAACAGUCAAGUUCGAUGAAGUAGGUGUUCUAGCCUUUGCAGAAAGAAUGCCUGAAAUCUUAAAAGCAGCUGGUUUUAAGGGAACUCUUUUAGAAAUCCUUUGUACAUUUUGCAAAGGUCUUGACGGUGUGUACAAAAACCUUCUCCUGACACCACAUGAAUUGACAGGUGAUGAUUAUGAAGUUCAGGCCCGCAUCCAGCUUGGGUUCCAAGCAGUGCAAAUAUUUGGAACUGCAAACAUCACUGCGUCACUAAAGCAGAUUGUUACCUAUGUUCCGUAUUAUGUGGAGAAGGCCCUUUCAGAUUCUGACAUCAUUGGUCUUCCAAUAACUCUGGCAAAUUUUAAUGACGGUAUCAUGGAGACAGCACAUAAACAAAAUAAAAAGAAUUCCUUGCUAUUUUCUGGAGGACGAAAUGGUCCCAUUUCAAAGCACCAGUAUCAAAAACAAGUCAUCCAGCAGCAAUUUGCAAAUGAAGUGUUUGAGUUAAUAUGUAGAGAAACAACUCCACAAAAGUCAUCCUCUACAAAGGUUGAAAGAAAACGACAGGCUCAAGAACAGGGAAACUAUGGGACAAAAAAAAUGGUAAUCACAUAAUUUUUUUAGUUUAAAAGUCAGACGUAAUUUUAAUCAUUUCUGAUAAAAUCAUUAAUUCCAAUAAUUCCAGGGAAAUUCAGCAAAAAAAGUAAAUCUAUCUUAUCUAAGUACACACUUGGCAUGCAAUAAUAUUCUACAAGUAUCCAGGAAGCCUAUCUUUAAUGCUAUGCUAAAACAUAUUUCCUAGAAUUUGUUGGUGGCACAUUUCCAGCUAAAAGUUGUAAGAAAUACUGAAGCAAAUUUUUAAACUAUAAGAUCUUCACUGGCAGAAAAAAAUCCACUUUCUCAUUUUAAAAAAAUAUACUUGGUGAAGAUUAAAAGCUGAAAGUUACUAUUUUUGCCAUUUCCUUUUUUACCAUAAGAAUCUGCCCUUUACUGAGAAAAUUGAAUUGAACCGUGAAGAAAAUGUACCUGAAAAAAUGGAGGAUGAAGCUCGAAACGACGAUGACAAUGAAUUCGAAAUGUACAAGGUAAGGCUAACUAUACAAGAAUUUAAGUACAAGAACAGAUACGAGACAAAAAUCAUCCUUGUUAAUUUAUUAAAAAUGUAAACACCAAGGCCUAAGCCUGGAGGAUGGAACAAAAAAUGUUGCAAUGGAGGCAUGGAGGCCUCAUUGAAAACUAAAAAUAUAAGCUUAAAUUCUAUAUUGAUCUUCAAAACCUUGUGUUACCAUAAUGCCCGAGAUACGGUUACCAGUAAGUACUAAAAGAAUGGAUACAAAUCAAAAGCGUUCAGUGACAAAUUUACUUACUUCUUUUAGGGUGUGAUAACCGAGGAUUCACCGGCACAAGGCAACGUUCCUGACAAUGUCGUGUGUAAAAGUAUAAAUGAAGUUCAGUGCUCUGAAGAAGUUAUGUUAUUAACUGACGAGCUGUGGCAGUAUGCAAAGGAUAGCUACCGAAAUAACACCAUUACCGUCAUAACAAAACAGUCAGCCAGAGAACUUCAUGAUGAUUUGCCACAGUCUUGUUUAGAAUUUCAUUUGCAGUCAAUUCAGUCAUCAUUCAUUUCAUGGGAACGUUCAGAUGCCCGAGUGAGCAAAGAAAUAUUUAAGUGCAAAGUCUUGACAGCUUCCGCUAGCCAAUGUUUUUCCGCAACCAAAGUUGAACGCGAUGAAAGCAAGAGAAUGUUAAUACACUUCACGGAUGUCAUUGGAUUAGAAGUUCGCGAGAAUUCGAUAGUGAUGGAUGUUAAGUCGAGGCCGAAGUUUGAAAAGAAGGUUCACACCAAGGACAGGGAGAACGGAAGGACAGGAGGUGGGAAAUGGACGGAGGAAAAUAUGCACGUAGAAGAAGGAGGCUCGCCAAAUAGAAUAGAACUAGUCAUGGUCGGUAGAAGAGAACCUGUAACAGCCAAGCUGCAAGAAGUACUCUCAAAAGUUCCGUCUCUAAAGAAGGCAAUAAAUCGCGGACUCGCCACAGUUUACGAUAAUAACGUGUUGUACGACCAACAAAUUCUUGAGGACCGAUAUCCUGUUCUCCAGGAUCCAACGUUAGUUAGGGCAGGACAGCUGGCUUGUUUGCGUCUAUUGACUGCACUCCCUUUGUCAAACAAAGCCGAGUUUGUUACUAAAAUGUAUGCAGGAAUAGAAAGUAAAUUUAACCAGCUCUUGCGUGAGAGAGUACAGAAGUCGAUCAAUUAAAACUCUCACUCGUCUGUCGUAAGAUUGAUUACCGUAAGAUCCAAUCCUUCUCUAGCUGCUCGUUUUAACAAGUCAACAGUUAUUAAAAGACUCAGUUGUCAAUCUUAACUCCGCUCUCUGCCAAAUCUUUCUCUGGAAAAGCCUUCGAAUGCAAACAACGGUACCAUUUUCCACCACGCGACAACGCUGCAGGUUCGUACCAACAAGCUCUAGGCGCGCAAAGAAUUGUGUGCGGCUUUAAAAUAAAAUUAUACUCAAAGCUGAUUGGCUAAUGAUUGACUCCCAGAUCACCUGGAAAGUGUUUUCACUGUGCAAAAUAAUGGAUCAGCGAGCAGAUAUGAAAUUUCUCUUCGAGUCUGGUUCAACUCGUUAUAAGCUCACUUAACAAACUUGUGAUAUAUGUAUUAACACAAAAAUUCCAUAGUUUUAAUUUCUCAAUCAAUUUUAAUUCAUUACUUUUUAUAAAAUGAUGAAUAACAAGCAUAAAAUUAAAAAAUGUUCUGUUCAUGUUCGACAAUUCAAACAAACAAAAUUUGCAAAAAUCAAGAGAAAAAAAGUUUACCACUUACAGUUUCACUUUUAUCUCUAAGUUUUUCGUAAAAUCAGCGAAACUCAAGUAAAGUUUCUUUGAGAGUCCAGAAAACGAAGAAGUCUUUUUAGAGCUGUCCUUUUGUUUGAAUGUUCCUUGCGUUUCGGUAAAUGCUUGUCCUCCCGUAAAUAAUCUCACUGUAGCGUAGGUUUUUGAGAUAGCGUUCCACAAAAAAUAUAAUUCCUCUGAGACACUUUGGUUGAGAUUUAACACCAUACAUUUAAUCAUAGGGAAAAGCACUCCUCUAUGGUACAAGCUGUCUAUUUUUGUCGGUUACUUGUUUUCCAGUUUUACGACGAACACAUCAAAUCCUGCGUCACUUCGUGUCUUGUAUGAAUGAGUUGAAGUUCAUAAAUGUAGUUUCCUUUAGCUUGCACAAAUCCUUUGACAAAUUCCUGAGUACAUGAGACGAAUUUUUCUCGUAACUGGCAUUUUAAACUGUUUUCUCACUCUUUUUGUGUCCGUCUUGAGUAUUUUUGCGUUGAAAGUUUUCUUUGAUGAGCAAACUCAACUGAAGUGAAAAGCAAACUACAAAAUCAACAAACUGUCAUUCAAAGUGGCGUGAGAGAAGGCUUGUGACGUAGCGACAGCUGAUUGGUUGGUUAUAUAACUACCCACGUGGUAGAAUUUUCCCGCCUUUCGUUUGGCAGCGCAGCAAGCGUUUCUUCAGACGAGACGCAGGUUUUUUUGCGCCUCCCCUCCCAACCCCCACUAAGGAAAAACUGAUGUGUAAGAAUUUUAUUAGACCAAGAGUUAAUAGAAGAAAGGGCUCCAAGGUUUCAAUAAUUCGCACAUUUUAAGAGUAUAUUAUUUGAUUUUGCUGUUUUGAAAGUCUUGCAUGCAAAUUUUAGGGGCUGAAAAGUAGAAUGUGGUCUUUAAGCUGCGAGCACCUUUAGAGGUGUGUCCAAGAAGUGAGAUGCAUAUUUUGUUGGUUUUGUCGUUUUCCCCUCUUUUUCGUAUUUUUAACUCCUUUUUUCAACAGAACUUUAGUUCGUGAGGCCCUUGCUUUUUCUGUAUGUAGGUUAUUUCUAAUCACUAUCAAAGGGCACAAAAAUUCGGAAAUUUGGGGUUGACAAGGAAAAAUCAGGAACGUCUUGCGCAGCAACCUAAAGGCUGGUUUACACUAGCGACGGAGUCGGAGUUGGAGUCGUAAGAUCGCUUAUGACCUAGUGAAAAUCAAAAAUCGGAGUCAUAAGCGCAGUAACCUGAGAUCAGGCUCUGUUUUCGUUUCGCUUUGAAAAUUACAUUCGUGCGGGCAAGGCGAUUUUUUUAGCGGUAGCCGUUAGAGAGAAUGCCUGAGAAUCGCUAAAAUUGGGCCUGAUCUCAGGUUAUAAGCGGCGUCAUAAGCGCGCCGGAAUCGGAGUCAGAAGAAUUAGAACGUUUCCAUUUCUUCCGACUCCGCUUACGUUCCGCUUAUGAUUUAGUGAAAACCAGGUUGUCAGAAUCGGAAGCAGAAGCAGAAGGAUAAACCAAUCCCGAUGCACUUUCUCACGCUUUGUGAUUGGUUUGGUUCUUCCGCUUCUGCUUCCGACUCUGACAAUCUGGUUUUAACUAGAUCAUAAGAGGAACUUAAGCGGAAUCGAACGCUGUUUUCACUAGAUCAUAAGGUCUACGCUUUUGAUUACGACUCCGACUCUGACUCUGUCGCUAGUGAAAAGCAGCCUUAAUUUUGAGACACUCACAAGAAAGUUUUUUAGCGCAGCGGUACUCCCAAGACCAUUCAGGACAAAAUUACUGUUUAGGGCAUGCGGAUUUUAAGACUUUGAACUAAAUAAGGCCUCGGAACGGAUUGCAAAAUGAGCGAAAUCUCUUGUUUAGUCCUAAAUAUAACUAAAUUAAAGAAGAAAAACGUCUUUGUCGCAAGCAGAAAUUUCUAUAGUACUACUUGUUUUACUCAGAUUGGUCCUAAAGUCCCAAGAGUGAUCAACAUCAAUUUUACCUACUUUUGGUUUUUACCAAAACAUUAUCAAAAGAAAAGGUUAGGAGAAGUAAUAAACUGAUGAACAAAGGAGAAGUACUUUGAUCUUUUAUCUAGUUCUCUCAACUAAUUCUACAAGGCAAUGUAUGGACACUAGUGUGGAGAAUUUGUAUUUUUAUAUUGGGGCUUAAUGGGUUAAUGGUAAAAUUCUAGUUGUCUGAUGAGCAUUCACGUACCCAUCACAUAGCAGUUAACCCCUGGUGUUAUUUUUACCCUUUCAUUGCUUAUCACUUAAAGAAAGGUUUUAAAAUCUAGACUACACUUUCGGUAAUUUAAACGUUGCUUUAAAAGUUGAAUGGUGCUAGUGUUAUUUUGUGAUUUAUUGCAGUAUGAAAAUAACCCCCUGCCUGAACCUAAAUGGCUAUCAGAAGACUUUUGGAAAAAGAAGUACCCGAGCCUCUUUUCUCACUCAUCAAAUGAAUCACAGCCGCAAAGGCAACAGGUUGGUCAUCAACUUUGGCAAAAGAAAAUAGAGUAUAAUAUUUCUUAAGUUCUGUUAUUUCUUGGAAAAAAAAACUUAAAAAAAAAUUCCGUUUAAAAACGUAUGGUUUUUCUUCAGCUUUUCAGAAGUUCACUUAUUAUAAACUGAAACUGAGAGAACAGAAACUGUGUUUUGUAUCAUAGUAGUUUCAGGCUGUUGUUUUUUUCUAGUCGCGAUUUCAUAAAAACUGAGUCAAAUCAAAACAGUGCAGUUGAAUAUAAGUCUUACUAACAAUUACAAGUUAUUUCUGUGGUCUCAGGCUCUUAGCUCACUUCAUUUAAGAAGUGAACUAAGUCAUACCGAAACCGACGGUUCUCUUACAACGAUGGCUUUUAGUUGUGGAAGUUACUGCCCGAACAAUAUUGUAAUGGACUGCAAUCCGUUGCGGAAAUACUUCUGGUUUUGGAAACGACCUGAAGUUUCUUUCAUACGUUUUUUACCUUUCGGGAAGUCGAUUUAAUCGUGCACUUUGAAAAAACUUGCUGAUUUUCGUACGUGAAGUUUAUACAAGCCGGGAGAAAAUGUGGAUCUUUAAGAUGUUUAUUGACUUGCAAAUUUCACCGCUAUCGCUGUAGUAGAGUAUUUUUACGUAUUUUAAGCAAACAUGGAGCUUGAGGCUUGGAUCAAACCAGUCAACAGUAGACUGAGUUUUUUUUGCUCAACCAUCUUAUUGGCUUAUCAACUCCUAUCGUGUUCCAGGCGUUCAGAUAGUGGAAAGUGUCACUCUCCACUAUCAGGCUCAUCAACUCUUGUUUUAUUUUACCACUCGCACAGAUUACAGCAGAGACUGGCCUCAGUAUUCACGACUCACCAUUCUUCGCUCACGAACAAGACACCGUGGGAAUAUUUGCAGCGCCUCCUUAUCCAACUGGUAAGGUUUCUUGUCCCCCAGCUCUCUCUCCUCCCCCCGCUCCCCCCCACAGUUCCUUGCCUUGCUAAUCACAGAUGUAACUAAACCUAUUGGCGAUUAACACCCUGAGCACUAAUAAGAACUUGUACAUAAGUUCGUUGCAGUCAAACGACAGUUUUCUUUGUGAGAUUUCCUUCCUUUUAAAUUAUUGCGGUGUAGGCGUGCAACAAGUUGCUGUUGUCGCAUCCCGUCCGUAAUUUAGGUGAAAGAAGUUGGACUUAAAGGAUUAUGUUCAUUCCUUAGUGUGUUUACAGUCCAAAAAAGUACUCUACCCAGUACUACCCGGCUUGAGUAUUUAACGGACCAGGCCUUUCUGCCAUAUACAGAAACGAAAAACAUGUUAAUAGUUAAAACAGUUACUGAGUAAGUUUAAAAGGAAAACAUCCUCUUUCUCCUGUUCCGAUGUCGACUUUUUCCGUUGUUACCUAAAGUGAGCGUUGUUUGUAGUAAUUAUUUAAAAAUACGUAGUAAAACAUGUGGGGGGGAGGGGGGGGGAGAUAACAUUAAGAAAUGAUAAAUGUUCUAGAAGUCUAUCAGGCAGAAAUCAAUGGUUUCCUUUAUACCAACGUGGGACCCUUAAUUCUUCCUUUAGCUGAUCCAAUGUUAGCAGAGCCGUUCAUUCCUACAGCACAUGGAUCCAGUCACGGUCUGACACCUGCUGCACCCUUCAGUGGUAACCCCCUUCAUAACGUUCAGUAUCCACAGAAUUACUCCUCCCCUGCUAUCUACACCUAUCACCACAGUGCCCCGUCCACCAUCUUUACACCUGGAGGAUCCUUGGGUUAUGAUUCGUAUCUUUUCAGAGGUUCUGGCCCGUCUACAGUCACACAGGACGAGCCCGAGGUGGGUUGUUUGCAUUCACGAAAUUGUUUUUAAUCAUGAGCUAGUAUUUAUAUUUACCGAGAGAGAGAUCAUGGAACAGGCGCCUUCUCAGUAAAAAACGUGUUAGAAGGAGAGUUAUUCAACUUCGCUGGGCUAUAAACGUGUUAGAACUCGACGUACAACCCUGUAACUAACCUCUCUAUUAGGCUGAAAACUCUGCCGGUAAGACGGACACCGGGUGUUGGUCUCUUCUCUGCAGUUUUACAAUCAUUCUACUGUAACUAAACUCUAUAUACUAGUUUGGCACAGACACCACUCUGAGACGGACAAUUGGAGUUGGUAUCCAUCUUAGAGAGGGUUAACUUUUGACAGAAAGGGUCAGCUGAUUAUUUCACAGAUCAUACACUUAGCUGAGUGAUCUUAAAAACUGUCAAAUGAUUGUUAGCAGGAGAUCACACGUUUACUUUGGUUCCGUACUGAUAUCCAAUAUUCCGUCUUUGGUUCCUUUUUCAGAGGGACACGUGCCCCAGUACUCAGGACGUGCCGUCACACGAUCCUGGGACGGCAGGACCAGUUCCAGUACCUCUCCAUUCUGCUGGUAAGGUUUCCAUCUAUGUUACAACUAAAACAACAUUCUACAAUUUAAUAAGCUAGUAACGCUAUGAAUGACUUGAGUACCAAUAAGACAAUGUACGGGACUUAACGUAGUGCUGCAACUUGUAUUAAACGGUUCUGUCGUCCUUACUACAAUACACAGAUACAGGGCCCGGGUGUUUUUAAUAGUUGGAUAGCGCUAUCCACCAGGAAAAUCACCAACAAGAUGAUGAGUAUUUAAGAACCCGAUACCUUUAUGCAUUAGAUAGUGAGAUACCCAGUAAAUAGCACUAUUUACCUUUCGAACUACUGGGGCUGAAGGCACUUUUCUCCUACAGUCUGUCUUCUAAUAUCUCCAAACUGGACAUUUUCUUGUAUUUACUCAAGUGGGCGUUGUUUUAAUUUCUAAUAUUGUACAAUAACCUAAGAAAGCGUAUAAUGCGAGAAAAGGAGAAAUCUACUUAAAGACUACAAGUGUGAAACCAGUCGUUUUCACUGUACCUUUAUGUUACUUCAUGGGAUCUUAAUUUUCAUUUUAUUUUCUCUAGGAGCUCCCAUUCCUACGUCGCAUUUCUUCAGCCACAGCCUGGCGCCUUUCAGUGAACAUCCCCUCCGUCACAGAGUGCUGGAAUCACCAUUGCAGGCAUGGCAACCGCGAAGUACAAUUCCAGGGUACCCGUAUCCCCGCAGUUCUGGCAUUUCUACAGAUGGUCUUACUCCUCCGGUUCACCCUGGAUAUCUUCCCGUGCGUGGAACGCAGGAUCCACCACAACAGAGAGUUCAGCCCCAAAAUACAACGCCCUGUGAUUUAAAUCUCGAAGGUUCCGCAGUCACUUACCCGCGAGAAAUCCCGGGAUUUCUUCCCCCACAUGGAAUGCAAGGAGAGCGUCGUCGUGGAUUGCAACCACAAAGUACGAUGUCAGAUGAUCCAUAUCUCAUUGGUCCUGGCGAAUCAGCCCAUACUUACUCGACAGUUAAUUUGGAAAGUCUCCUCCCUCGUGAAACGCUGAGAUCCCCGCAGUAUGGAUUUCAUCCGCAAAGUGCAAGUCCAAGUUAUCCGCAUCUUCAAUUUAGUGGUCCUGUUACGUCUUCAGUCACGCACCCGGCAGUAAUCCCCGGAUAUUCUUACCCGUACGGAAACCCCUUGAGGGCCCCACUGCAGGCAAAGCAACCGUUUAGUGCAAGUUCAGGUGAUCCGCAUUUUAGUGGUCCUGUUACGUCUUCAGUCACGCACCCGCCAGUAAUCCCCGGAUAUUCUUACCCGCACGGAAACCGCAUGAGAGCCCCACUGCAGGCAUCGCUACCGCAGAGUGCAAGUCCAGGUGAUCCGCAUCUUAGUGGUCCUGUUACAUCUUCAGUCACGCAUCCGCCAGUAACCCCAGGGUAUUCUUACCCGUACGGAAACUGCUUGACAGCCCCUCAACAGGCACCGCAGCCGCGAAGUGCGAGUCCAGGUGAUCCGCAUUUUAGUAGUCCUAUUACGUCUUUAGUCACGCAGCCUCCAGUAAUCCCAGGAUAUUCUUCCUACCCGUACGGAAACCGCAUGAGAGCCCCACUGCAGGCACCGCUACCGCAAAUUGCAAGCCCAGGUGAUCCGCGUCUUGGUGGUCCAAUGUCUUCCGUCAUACACCCGCCAGUAAUCCCAGGAUAUUCUUCCUACCCGUACGGAAACCGCAUGAGAGCCCCACUGCAGGCACCGCUACCGCAAAUUGCAAGCCCAGGUGAUCCGCGUCUUGGUGGUCCAAUGUCUUCCGUCAUACACCCGCCAGUAAUCCCAGGAUAUUCUUCCUACCCGUACGGAAACCGCAUGAGAGCCCCACUGCAGGCACCGCUACCGCAAAGUGCAAGCCCUGGUGAUCCGCAUCUUAAUGGUCCAAUGCCUUCCGUCACACACCCGCCAGUAAUCCCCGGAUUUCUUUCUCCGUCUGGUAUGCAGAGAGGAAGUUCAGAAGUUCAACUCGAACGAAAUCCUUCGACUGAAUCUGAUACUCGGCCCAGUCAAUAA